AACACUGGGGCGGCCACCACAAAGUUUGUUGUUGUGUCUCGGUGCCAUCUCGUUUCGUCUCGCGCGUUAAAACGGAAAACGGAAAAUAUGGUUAAAAUUCGAUGCCCGCUAGAAAUAAAUGAAAACUGCAAGUGCCAGAGAGCUACAAGGAGUCAUAUGUGCAAUGUGCCACAUAAUUAAGUGCCCACGAAGAACGGCAAGCGGCCAAUAACAAUAAUGACAUUUCGAUACAUACACACAGACGAAGAUUGAAGAAGAAAAAGAAGAGAAAAAACUGGUAUAUAAAAGACGCCAAUGAGCAAAGACGGAGCGUGCAAAAAAGAGAGGAUACGCGCGCGCCCCUAAAGCACGGGGGCCAAUUCCUCUGCUGUGUGUGUUCCCUGCACUGGAAAACAGAUUUGCAUUGCCCCCCAAAGACGAAUUUUGAUUACCCGUCCGUAAUGUCACAGCAUAAUCCACAUGCCCAUCCGCACUACCAUCACCACCCACUGCACCAGCAUCAGACACAACACCACCACCACCAUCAUCAGUUGCAGUUGCAGCAGCAGCAACAGCAACAACAACAACAGCAGCAGCAGCAACAACAACAACAGCAACAGCAGCAUUCGCAAAUGCCACACAGUACACACAAUUGGUACUCACAUGUUGCUUCCUACCCGCAACCGCCACCCCACCACCAUGCGACGGCUACCUCGGCAUUUGCCGCCACCUCCACACCUUGCAAGGGCAGUGGCAGUGGCAGUGCCAACAACAACAACAUGAGUGCCUAUGGAGCAGGCAGCACGCAUGGAUAUUAUGCUGCUGCUGCCGCCGCCGCCGCCGCUGGCGGUGGGCUCAAUGUCAAUGCUGUGGGUGGCGUUGGGGGUGGGUCAGCAGCCUAUAACCUUGAGGCCAACACAGUGGCAUAUGCCCACAACCAGCUGCUGCAGUACCAACAGCACCAUCAGCAGCAGCAGCAACAUCAGCAACACCAUCAUCAACAGCAGCAUCUCAGUCAGCGUUCCUAUAUGGGGCAUGAUAUAAUGUCUGGGACAUAUCCGUACAUCAAAAGCGAACCAAUGGAUGUAUCAGCGGCGUAUCAGCAGCCACCUAAUCCGAUGGCACCACCCCCAGCGCCAGAAAUGAUAAUAAAAUCGGAACCCAUGGAUGAACAUCCGUACAAGUCCAACUACAUAGAUGACAAUACGCCCUUUGCUGAUUUUAAUAAGUUCAACGAAUUCAGCGGCGAUAUGCUCAGCCCCAAAGUUGAGCUAACCAUCAAAGAUGAGACCUAUGGCAAGACCUCCAGUGGCAGCAGCUUUGCACGCCGCAAAGUGCAGCAGCAGCAGCCACAACAGCAGCAACAGCCAACGACAGAUCGUUCGGCGGAGAGUCUGCCGAUUUGUCAGCGCUGCAAGGAAGUGUUCUUCAAGAAGCAAUCCUACCUUAGGCAUGUGGCCGAGAGCAGUUGUGGCAUACAGGAGUACGAUUUCAAGUGCAACAUUUGCCCCAUGUCCUUCAUGAGCACCGAAGAGCUGCAGCGGCACAAGCACUUGCAUCGCGCGGACAAGUUCUUUUGCCACAAAUACUGCGGCAAGCAUUUCGAUACGAUAGCCGAGUGCGAAACGCAUGAGUACAUGCAGCACGAGUAUGAGAGUUUUGUGUGUAAUAUGUGCUCGGGCACGUUUGCCUCACGCGAGCAGCUGUACGCCCACUUGCCGCAGCACAAGUUUCAGCAGCGCUACGACUGUCCCAUCUGUCGUUUGUGGUAUCAAACGGCCGUCGAAUUGCACGAGCAUCGGCUGGCGGCUCCAUACUUUUGCGGCAAGUACUACACCAAUCAACAGCAACAGCAACAGCAGCAGCAGCAGGGCAACUAUAAGCUGCAGGACUGCCAUAUGGCCACCAUGGAAAUGCCCACAGCACCACUGCUCAAGGUACCAACAACGCCUGCGAAUGCUUCGGCGCUGCCAGCCACAGCGGCGUUAAGCUCUCUGCUGCAGCAGCGACAAGCGAAUGCCGAUGGGGCAGCGGCCAUGUUUGCUGCUGCUUCCUCCUCCUCCACCGCUGCCGUCGCCUCCACCGCCGCGACACUGAAGAGCGAGGUAAGCGUCAAGCUGGAGCGCAGCUACAGCAACUCCACCAGCGAGUCCUCGUACAGCCAUCAGGACAACAGCAGCUACAACAAUACCUAUGGCAGUGAUAGCUCCAUUCAUGGCGGCGCUCUAGCCGGACCCCAAGCGCACUCCUCAACGCUGGACGACUCCGAGGAUGCUUUGUGCUGUGUGCCGCUGUGCGGCGUGCGCAAGAGCACCAGUCCCACGCUGCAGUUCUUUACGUUCCCCAAGGACGAAAAGUAUCUGAAUCAGUGGCUGCACAACCUCAAGAUGUUCCACAUACCAGCGGCCAGCUAUGCGACAUUUCGCAUCUGCAGCAUGCACUUCCCAAAGCGCUGCAUUAAUCGCUAUUCGCUGUGUUACUGGGCGGUGCCCACGUUCAAUCUGGGCCACGACGAUGUCGCCAAUUUGUACCAGAAUCGCGAGCUAACCAACACAUUUACCACCGGCGAGGUGGCACGCUGCAGCAUGCCACACUGCACCAGCCAGCGGGGCGAGAGCAAUCUGAAGUUUUACAAUUUCCCCAAGGACAUCAAGAGCCUGAUUAAGUGGUGCCAGAAUGCCCGCCUGCCGGUGCAAGCCAAGGAGCCGCGACACUUUUGCAGCCGCCACUUUGAGGAUCGUUGCAUUGGCAAGUUCCGACUGAAGCCCUGGGCCGUACCCACUUUGCAUUUGGGCGCGCAGUACGGCAAGAUCCAUGACAAUCCCAAGAACCUGUAUGUGGAAGAGAAGCGCUGCUGCCUGAACUUUUGCCGUCGCAGCCGCUCCUCGGACUUUAAUAUGUCGCUGUAUCGUUUCCCACGCGAUGAGGUGCUGCUGCGACGCUGGUGCUACAACUUGAGGCUGGAUCCGGGCGUCUAUCGUGGCAAGAAUCAUAAAAUCUGCAGUGCACAUUUCAUCAAGGAAGCGCUGGGCCUGAGGAAACUGUCGCCAGGUGCCGUGCCCACGCUGCACUUGGGACACAAUGACACGUUUAAUAUCUACGAGAAUGAGUUGUGGCCACCGCCAUCGCCCACUGGACAGCAUGGACAGCAGCUUAUGCCGCAGCAAUCGACGUCGCAGCAUCAUCACUCGUCGCUGCAGCAGCAGCAGCAGCAGCAGCAACAUCCGGCAAUGGUCAGCAAAUCCUAUCAACGCCAUUCGGCAGCCUCCACAUCAUCCUCCGCCAGUUCGGCCUCGCAUUAUGUGGAUCCCGAGAUGAGUGGCUCGUACUUGAGCCUCUCUGCGGGUAGCUCCGCGGGCGGCAUGAAUGCCAGCGACUGCAUGGACGUGUGCUGCGUGCCCAGCUGCGAGAGCAAGCGGCACAACAGCGAGAACAUCACAUUCCACACGAUACCGCGGAGGCCCGAGCAGAUGCGCAAGUGGUGCCACAAUCUAAAGAUACCCGAGGACAAGAUGCACAAGGGCAUGCGGAUAUGCAGCCUGCACUUUGAGCCAUACUGCAUUGGCGGCUGCAUGCGUCCGUUCGCAGUGCCCACGCUGCAGCUGGGGCACGAGGACGAGGACAUACACCGCAAUCCGGAUGUGAUCAAGAAGCUGAACAUACGCGAGACCUGCUGCGUGGCCGUGUGCAAGCGAAAUCGGGACAGAGACCACGCCAACCUCCAUCGCUUCCCCAGCAAUGUGGCGCUGCUGACCAAGUGGUGUGCGAACCUCCAGCGCACAGUGCCCGAUGGCAGCAAACUCUUCAACGAUGCCAUCUGUGAGGUGCAUUUCGAGGAUCGCUGUCUGCGCAACAAGCGGCUGGAGAAGUGGGCUGUGCCCACGCUAAUACUCGGCCACGAGGACAUUGCCUAUCAGCUGCCCACGCCCGAGCAGGUGGCCGAGUUCUAUGCACGGCCUACCGCUCCCAACAAUGGCGAGGAGCAGGGCGAGUGCUGUGUGGAGACAUGCAAGCGGAAUCCCAGUGUGGAUGACAUCAAGCUGUAUCGCCCGCCAGAGGACACCUCGGUGCUGGCCAAAUGGGCGCACAAUCUGCAAACGGAGGCCGCGGUGCUCACCAAUGGAUUGCGGAUAUGCAAUCUGCACUUUGAGGCUCACUGCAUUGGCAAGCGCAUGCGUCCGUGGGCCAUACCCACGCUCAAUCUGGCCGGCAACAUUGAGAAUCUGUACGAGAACCCCGAGCACUCGAUGCUGUACAAGCGGCGGACGCAUCUCAAGCAGAAGGUGCCCGUGGCGAAGCCCACGUGGGUGCCGCGUUGCUGUCUGCCGCACUGCCGCAAGGUGCGUGCCCUGCACAAUGUCCAGCUCUAUCGCUUCCCCAAACUGAAUCGCUCCACGCUGGCCAAGUGGGCGCACAAUCUGCAGGUGCCGCAGGUGGGCAGUGCCCAGCGGCGUGUGUGCUCCGCACACUUUGAGCCGCAUGUUCUCAGCAAAAAGUGCCCGGUGCCGCUGGCGGUGCCCACACUGGACCUGAACUCGCCACCCGGCCACAAGAUCUACCAGAAUCCGGCCAAGCUGAAGGCCAACAAGCUGUGCCUGCAGCGCGUGUGCAUCGUGGAGAGCUGCCGCAAGACCAGGGCCCAGGGCGUGCAGCUCUUCCGGCUGCCGCACAGCCCCACGCAGCUGCGGAAGUGGAUGCACAACAUCAGGACACGCCCGAGGGCGGCCAUGAGGAGUCAGUAUCGCGUGUGCUCGCGCCACUUUGAGACGCACUCUUUCAACGGGCGUAGACUGAGCGCCGGCGCCAUACCCACCCUCGAGUUGGGCCACGACGACGAUGACAUCUUCCCGAACGAGGCGCAGGCCUUUGCCGACGAGCACUGCGCCGUCGAGGGCUGUGAAUCGUCCAAGGAGCAGCCCGAGGUGCGUCUCUUCCGCUUCCCCACGGACGACGACGACAUGCUGUGGAAGUGGUGCAACAAUCUCAAGAUGAAUCCCGUCGAUUGCAUCGGUGUGCGGAUCUGCAACAAGCAUUUCGAAGCGGAUUGCAUCGGACCCAAGCAUCUGUACAAGUGGGCCAUACCCACGAUGCUGCUCGGCCACGACGACUCGCAGAUAGAGCUGAUACUCAAUCCCAAGCCGGAGGAGCGCUACGUGGAUCCGGUGUUCAAGUGCAUUGUGCCCACCUGCGGCAAGACGCGUCGCUUCGACGAGGUGCAAAUGAACAGCUUCCCCAAGGAUGCGGAACUCUUUCAGCGCUGGCGGCACAACCUGCGCCUGGAGCAUCUCAGCUUCAAUGAGCGCGAAAAGUACAAGAUUUGCAAUGCCCACUUCGAGGACAUGUGCAUUGGCAAGACGCGCCUGAACAUUGGUUCGAUACCCACGCUGGAGCUGGGCCACGACGAAACGGAGGAUCUGUUCAAGGUGAAUCCCGCAGAGCUGCAGAGCAACCUGUUUGGGCGUCCGCGACGGCUGCUGCGAGGAUUCAACAAUGUGACCAUCAAACAGGAGCUGCCAGACACGGAGGCGGAGACGGAGCCAGAGUCAGAGUUCCGGGAUGUAAAGCCCGAUGUAAGCACGGAUUUUACACAGGUUAAAAUCAAGAAAUCUCUGGGCGAUGUCAAGUGCUGUGUGCGCACCUGUGGCCGCAGUCGUCUGGAGCAUGGAGCACGUCUCUUUCCCUUUCCCACCGGCAAGCAGCAACACCUCAAGUGGCGCCACAAUUUGCGCCUCGAACCGGACGAGGUGGACAAGUCUACGCGAGUUUGCAGCGCACACUUCAACAGGCGAUGCAUCGAUGGCAAGCAGCUCAGGGGCUGGGCCAUGCCCACGCAGCAGUUGGGGCACCAGGAGCAGCCCAUCUACGAGAAUCCCAAGAACAUUCCGGGCUUCUUUACGCCCACCUGUGCGCUGGGCCACUGCCGCAAGCGGCGGAGCAUUGACAAUGAUUUGCGCACGUAUCGGUAUCCGCGCGCCGAGGAUCUGCUGGAGAAGUGGCGUGCAAAUCUCGGCCUAUCGCUGGAUCAGUGCCGUGGCAGGAUCUGUGCGGAUCACUUCGAGCCGCAGGUGCGGGGCAAACUGAAGCUCAAGACGGGCGCUGUGCCCACGCUAAAGCUGGGCCAUGAGGAGCCGCUGGUCUACGACAAUGAGGCUAUCAAGGCGGGCGUGGCCGAGGAGGAGGCAGCCUCGCCGCUGGUCACACCCAAAACGGAAGUGCUGGACGAAGAGGAGCGCGAGGAAGAUGAGGAGGAGGAGGAGAAUCCCGAAGAGGAGCCGCAGGAGACGCACGAGGAAGAGAAGGACGAGCAUGAGGAUGACACGCCCGAGGGAGCAGAGCAGCUGAGGGAUGCGGAUGACGCGGAAGAAGACGAUGAGGAUCCAGGCAACUAUUUUGAUCCGUUGGAGCUGGUGGAGACGUACGCGGAGCAUCCCAGCGACGAUGACGACAACCACAGCCAUGAGGCACGCGAAGAUGAUGCCCGAGGGGUGGAUGAGGAGGAGCCAGAAACCCUUCUGCCUGACACACCACAUAAACCGGAACCAGCGACAGUCCUUGGCAUGCCCAAACCCUGGGACAGACCUGCCGCCGUUGUGCCUGUGCGCCGUGAGAAGCGUCCGAAUAACGUGGACCCCAUCUGCUGCCUCAAGCACUGCCGCAAGGAACGCUCCGCCAUGUAUCUGCUGAGCACCUUUGGCUUCCCCAAGGACCAGCAGCUGCUGCUCAAGUGGUGCGCCAAUCUGCAAAUGGAUCCCUCGGGCUGCAUUGGUCGCGUGUGCAUCGAGCAUUUCCAGUCGGAGGUGCUGGGCACGCGCAAGCUCAAACAGAAUGCGGUGCCCACGCUCAAUGUGGGUCACGAUGUGCCACUGCGUUACAGCUGCAAUGGCCAGGAGUUGCCUCAGUCCAGCACCAGCAGCAUGAACAUGAGCAGUUUUCCCGAUGAAAUGCCACAGCAUUCGGUUUUUCGGCUUUGGAGCCUGAAACACUGCCGCAAGAGGAAGCUGUCGGAGAGUCCAGCUCCAGCUCCAGCAGCGAUCAAGAAGGAGGAGCAGCAGCAGCAGCAUCAGAUGGCGAUGCCGUUGGAGACUAAACCAAAGAUUUGCUGCCUACCCAGCUGCGGCAAUGUGGAGGGUUACGGACCAGGCGGACAAUUCCAGCCCCUGCCCAUGGACCAAAGACUGCUCAAAAAGUGGCAGCACAAUCUGCGGCUGCCAGUCGUUAAUCCUGCUGCGGAUCUGCACCUGUGCCUGGAGCACUUUGAGGCGUGUCAGAUCGAGAAUGGAACAGCCAUGCGCAUGAAAGUGCCGACCCUCAAGCUGGACCACACCAGUCCGAAUGUGAUCAGGAACAGGAAGUGCCUGUGGCCCACGUGUCCGCCCAAUCGCAAGCUGUGCUAUGAUCUGCCGGAGCACGAGUCGGUGCGUGUGGCCUGGCUGUCGUUUAUGCGACUGCCGCUGGACAGCCAGGGUCGCCUGUGUGGCGUGCACUUUCUGCAGCUGUACGAGGAGCUGGAUCUCCCAGGCGAUGUGCCCGAAGAGGUGCUCGAGCGGCUGCAGGUGACCUACGAUCAGGCCUCCAUCUCGCUGAAGUUUCAGUGCUCCGUUGUGGGCUGUGGCUCCAAGUACAAGCAGGACACGCACCUGGCGAAGCUGCCACGCGACCCGCAACUGCUCGCCAAGUGGCUGCACAACACGAGGAUAUCGUAUGACCGCUCGCUGCAUUUUAGUUAUCGCAUUUGUCUGCUGCACUUUGAGGCAUACUGCCUGAACGGCGUGCGUCCACAGCCCUGGGCCAUACCCACACUGCAGCUGAAUCACGAUGGAGAGAUCCACCAGAACACCGUCAAGCAGGAUGCGCUCGAGAGUCCACUCGUGAAGCAGGAGUUGCCCGAGAGUCCCCCCGUGAAGCAGGUUGCGCUCGAGAGUCCACCCGUGAAGCAGGAGUUGCCCGAGAGUCCGCCCGUGAAGCAGGAGUUGCACGAGACUUCCCCUGUCAAGCAGGAUGCGCUCGAGAGUCCACCCGUGAAGCAGGAGUCGCAGGAGAAAGCUCCCUUGAGCAGCAGCUUGAGUCUCUCCAUUCCGCUGCACAUCAAGACUGAGCAGCAGGGACCUGUACUGCGCUCUCGAGGCACAUCUUCGCUGAGCAGUCCCUGCCUCAGUGGCAGCAGUGCAAGUCCUCGCCUCAAGAACAGAAUUUGCUGCAUCGCCAACUGCGGCGAGGGUGCCAGAUCGCAGCGGCUCCAUCCCUUUCCAAGCGACGAACCAACGCUGCUCAAGUGGCUGGUGAACACGCAGCAAAAGCCCGGACUGGUGGACAUCCAGAAUAUGUUUGUGUGCCAGCUGCACUUCGAGGCGGAUGCCAUCAACAAGACGCAGCUAAGGAGCUGGGCCUUGCCCACACUGCGGCUGGGCCACGACGGGCAUGUCAUACCGAAUGCCCGGCACAAUGGGAACAUUGCCAACAGCCAGGAGACGGAGCAGGCCAUGGAGUUUAUUCGGGCCAACUACUGCUCCGUGCUGAGCUGCUUCCAGCCAAAGUCUGACGGUGUGCGCUUCCACAAGUAUCCCAGCGACAUUGGCAUGGUGCGCAGGUGGGCCACCAAUCUCAAGCAUCGCUCAAUGCAGGCCAGCAGUCAUGGCUUCCUCGUCUGCCAGUCGCACUUCCAGCCCGAAUGCUACGAUCCGCAGACGGGCGACCUGCUCGAGGACGCCGUACCGCUCGCGUUGGGUGUAAAAGCCGAAAGCCAGCUGCUCCGUUGCCUCGUCAGGGGAUGCCCUGUGACGAGUAACUCUAGCAGGGGAUUGCUCCUCUUCAGGGUGCCAAAGAGGACGCGUGUGAGGGAAGUUUGGGGUCACAAUCUGUGGAUGUAUCCGAUGCAGCUGGUGGGCGAGCAUUACAUCUGCGAGCGGCACUUUGAGCCGCACUGCGUGAAUGAGCAGAAGCAGCUGCACGCGGGCUCGGUGCCAACGCUCCACCUGGGCCACAACGAGCAGCCGGAGCUGCUGCCCAAUCCAGCGUCCUUCCAAGAGGAGUGCGAAUGCUGUGUGCCCGGCUGUGGGCGCAGCAAUAGCAAGGAGCCGGAUCUGCUGUUUAGCAAAUUUCCCAAGUGGCGCGUGCUGUCCGACAAGUGGCUGCACAACUUCCGCUUGGAAAAGCCCCGCUUGGAUCAGCGCAUUAAAGCGCUGCGAGUGUGCCACACGCACUUCGAGGAGAGCUGCUUCGAUGAGCAGGGCGUGCGGCGGGGUGCCAUGCCCACGCUGGAGCUGGGCCACUCGCGUUCGGACAUUUAUCACACCGACAUGGGUUCAGCUAUGUGGAAGCCGUUGCACAAGAGAUCCAGCGACUGCUGCUAUCCCGACUGCCAUGAGGACUGCCACAAGGCCAGCAUCCAUCGCAUGGCCUACGACUUGCCCUGCGAUGGGCCGGUGCGUGAGGCCUGGCUGCAGCACAUGGGCAUACCCAGCAGCGGCGACGAUGGCCCCUCAGUGCUCAGGCUGUGUCCGGUCCACUACAUCAUGCUGUAUGAGCGUAGCUUCCCCGAUCGAGCCGACAACCUCGUGCUGGACCGCAGCUACGAGCACGCGCGUCAGUUGCCACAGCUGCGGCGCUUCAUGUGCGUCGUUCAGGGAUGCCGCCACCUGCACCAGCGGGAUGGCGGAACGAUGCAUGGAAUGCCUAGGAGUGAGCAGAUCCUGCGCAUGUGGGUGGAGAACGCACAGCUGCGGCUGAACGAGCAUGAGAUUUACAUGACGAAGAUGUGCAGCAAACACUUUGAGGCCAGCUGCCUGUACGAGGGCAGGAGGUGUUACCCGUGGAGUGUGCCAACGCUGCAUCUGCCGACGCUGCUGCCGGGACAGGUGCUGCACCAGAAUCCCACCACUGAGGAGUGGCAGCAAAUGAAGCAGCAAAUGAAACUGGAGGAGCAGGCACAGAAAGCCGAACAGCAGAUGGCAGAGGGGGGACUGCCAAUGGAGCCGUACGUGAAGAUGGAACCCCACGAUGACGACGACGAAGACGCGUCGCACACGGAAUCGGAGCUGCUGAUAAAUGAGAGCACCAUGGACUCGCAGGAGACGGACUUUCAGCCGAAUGAGCCGCUGGAGGUGCUGCUCGAGGUGGGCCAUGUCGAGCGGCUGGAGAGCUACGAGAAGAAGGAUUACUCGAAGGACCUCCGCGACAGCCGCUAUGGGCCUGGCAGGCGUUUCCGCCAUCCGUACAGCGCGCACAAGUGCUGUGUCGAGGGCUGUGGCGUGUCGGUGGAGGAUUUGGGCUGGAAUCUGAAGCUGCACAAGCUGCCCAGCUCCACGGAGGUGGCCAGGAAGUGGCUCUACAACAUACAGGUGGACACAGAGGACACGUGGCGCAUACGCGUCUGCAGCCAUCACUUUGACCGUCAGUGUCUUAAUGGUUCGCGACUCAGGCGAGGAUCGAUGCCUACGCAGCAGCUGGGGCCACGUGUGCCCGAGACUAUCCACCAGAAUGAGUUCUCACAGCUGCAGCUGGACGAUGCGCCAGCACAGAAUGACCCACGCGUGGAGCCGGUGCGAACCAUUGGCAAGGUGGUGAAUCCGUGCGUGCCGCGACCCUCACCGCCGCGCAAGUCCAGCAAAUUCUGCCAGAUCGAGGGCUGUUCGAAUCAUCUGACCAGCGAGAACAUGACACUCCACAAGUUCCCGCACUCGUCGUGGAUCUGCGUCAAGUGGCAGCACAACACACAGGUUCCCUUCGAUCCAGAGUAUCGCUGGCGCUAUCGCAUCUGCAGCGCCCACUUCCAUCCCGUGUGUAUGGUGAACAUGCGGCUGCUGCACGGCAGCGUGCCCACCCUCAAGCUGGGCCCCCGCGCACCCGCCGAGCUCUUUGACAGCGACUUUGAGGCCAUCAACAUCAAGAUUGAAAAGCUGGAGAAGUUGGAGAGGAAAGCAGAGGCGCGCAGAGCUACCACGGGAGAUGGCGUUGGCUAUCCCGCCAUGCUGGACAUGGGGGAGAAGAGUGUUAAGACUGAGCUGGAGCUGGACGAUGGAGGAGCACUGGAGGAGGAGGCGGAGGAGGAGGAGGAUGCCAUGCUCUACCUGGAGCCCGAGAUGCAGCUGUACGAGGAUCAAGAGGAACAGCAGCAAAUGCGGGCACUAAAGGCAAAUCCAAAUGGUGGCUGGAAAACGGAACUCCGUUUGCCUUCCAAGAGCCGCGUGACCCUCAAUCCGGUGAGAUCGGGCUACGACAAGUGCUCGCUGAUGCAUUGCCAGCGCCAGAGAUCCAAGCACGGCGUCCACAUCUACAAGUUCCCACGCUCGGAGGAGCACCAGCAGCGCUGGAUGCACAAUCUGCGCAUCCGCUACGAUGAGAAGCGCCCGUGGAAGUUUAUGGUGUGCAGCGUGCACUUUGAGCCGCACUGCAUACGGCUAAGGAAGCUGCGGCCCUGGGCAGUGCCCACUCUGGAGCUGGGCGAUAAUGUGCCCGAGGACAUCUACACGAAUGAGCAGUGCCAAAUGUUUGCCAGUGGACAGGCGGCAGGAGAGACAAAUGGCAACGAUAGCGAUGCAGAGGCGCAGGCAGAGGCUGAGGCGGAUAGCGAUGGGAAUGAUGAUGAGGAUGGCCUGCAAGAGGACGAGGAUGAAGAGACCGAUGAGCAGGAAGCGAGCACCGCCAAGAAGCGUCGUCGUUCGCGUCUGGCGGAUGCCGCCUGGCCACCGGGCCAAGUGCCACCGUGGAAGGUGAAGCAAUGCUGCCUGCCCUACUGCCGCAGUCCACGCGGCGAUGGCAUCAAGUUGUUCCGACUGCCCAACAAAGUGAACUCCAUUCGCAAUUGGGAGCUGGCCACCGGCAUGAAGUUCAAGGAGUCGCAGCGCAACACGCGACUCAUCUGCAGCCGCCACUUUGAACCAGAACUGAUUGGAGUGCGGCGUCUCAUGCGCAAUGCCAUUCCCACGCGGCACCUGGAACCCACAGGCGAUGUGAAGCCAGUGCUGCCACCACCGACAACUGCUGGCCCUAGAUGCUGCAUGGCCGACUGUGCCUACGAUGUGGCGGAUGUAAAGCUGCACAAAUUUCCCAGCAAUCCCAAGUUGCUGAGGGAGUGGUGCCAGGCAUUGAGGGUUACCGACCUGCAAAGGUAUCGCGGCAAGCACAUUUGCUCCGCCCAUCUGCCUGUCCACAAGGCCGUGCACUGCAUUGUUUGUGGCGCGGAUAGGGCGCCGCAGCUGCCGAUGCUUAACUUUCCUGCUAACCGAAAUCAGCGAGCCAAAUGGUGCUACAACCUGAAGAUCGACACGAUACCCAAGUGGGACAUAUCCAAGCACAUUUGCUGCAAACACUUUGAGCCGUAUUGCUUUGCGGCGGCAGGCCUGCUCAAGCCAGAGGCGGCACCCACAUUGCAUUUGAAUCACAAUGAUACAAACAUAUUCCUUAACGAUUGUGCCAUAAAUCCCGCCUACACGGGAGUGCGGGUAAAGGAUGAGCCCAUGGACAAUCAGGUCCUGUCGUUGUAGUAGCGCAAAAGGAGCAUCAAGUCCGUUUCAACUAGUUUUAGCUGUAACAUUUUAUGGGCAUUAACGUGUCUCCCCGCACACCACAUCACACAGUACACAGUGUCGUCUAGUUUUUAAAGCGUAAGUGAAUUAUUAUUUAUACAUUUUUAGUGUAUUUGACUGCGAUAUUUAUCUCGCGUCGCGUCUGAAGACGUCUGGCAAUGGCAGAAUGAUUGAAAUGAAAUUGAAAUGCCAUAAAAACAGAAACAAACAAAAAACACAACACAAAACAUGUUCCUUAAGGUUUUUCGUUAUUACUUUUAAUACAUAGAUACAUACAUAUAUACUACAUAUACAUACACACAUUUUAUUCUGUGCAAAAGUUUGAGUUCUCAUUUCCAUAUACAUUUAUACAUACAUA